AUGGUUCAAUUGAAUGUGGUCGCGACGGCUCACUCCGGUACAGCGGAUAAACCCCUUCAUCGACCGAAACUCGGGGUAUUCGUGUAUCUGCUCUCAUUCACUGCUGUGAUUGGCGGUUUUCUGUUUGGCUAUGACACGGGUAUCGUCUCAUCGGCGAUGUUGUACGUGCCAUCCAAUACUGGAAUGAAACCAUUGUCCUAUGUUUGGCAAGAAAUCAUUGUCUCUGUUACGCCAGGCUUUGCAGCAGUGGGUUCUCUCCUUUCUGGAGCCGGUUCAGAUCGUUAUGGAAGAAAGAAAGUGAUCAUCGGCUCGUCUCUCGUUUUCACAAUUGGUGCGCUGAUUUGUGCGAUUGCAGUGGAGAAGAUAAUGCUGACUGGUGGAAGAGUUUUACUUGGAAUGGCUAUUGGCUUUGCCUCAAUGGUUGUCCCAGUCUACGUGGGUGAAGCAUCACCAGCCUACAUCCGUGGAACUCUCAUCACCGGUUUCCAAUUGAUGGUCACUUUUGGUCUCUUUGCAGCCAAUGUCUUCGCUGGUGCCUUCUCCUAUAUUGAUCCGACGAAUAUUGGAUGGAGAUUGAUGUUCGGUUUUGCGGCAAUCCCAGCUGGAAUCCAAUUCGUUGCUUUCUUCUGUCUUCCCGAGAGUCCUCGAUGGCUUUAUGAGCACAAUAUGAUUGAUGAUGCAAGACUUGUAUUGGAUAAAAUCUACAAUGGAGACAAGAGUUGGAUCGAAUACGAGCUCUCUGAACUGGCUGUAGCUACAGAGCUGGCUAAAGUUCAGAAAUCGGAGGAUGAUGAGUCGAUUCUCAUUCGCGUUUUCUCCACUCCACAUGUUAGAAAAGCUCUUCUGAUCGGCUGUGUUUUACAAGGAUUUCAACAACUUUCUGGCAUUAAUACGAUCAUGUACUACACAGGAAAAAUCAUCCAAGCAGCCGGUGUCGGUGAUAAACAUGCGACAAUUUGGAUCUCAGCAGCUAUAUCAGCGGUGAAUUUCGUCUGCACUUUCCUACCCCUUUACACGAUUGACAAAUUCGGGAGAAGAGCCUUGUUAAUUUGUUCAGUUAUUGGAGUGGGAAUCACUCUCUUUGCAAUGGGUGGCGCAUUCUAUGCGAUCAAUCGAGACUCUGACCCAGUCAUCAACAAUUACACAACUCGAUCAGUCAACCAUAUUGAAGUGUGCAAAGCUUAUAGAAAUUGUGACUACUGUGUGACUGACGAGCAAUGUGGCUUCUGCAAAGGAAAAGCACAUGAUUCAGGCUACUGUGUCCCCUAUUCCAUGGACACCGAAGAUCGAGCUCUUGUCGGAUUCUGUAUGAAUGGAACAGAACAGGGUGAAGGAGCUCAAUAUGAGUGGAGUGCCUCGUUCUGUCACUCUCGGUUCACCUACAUUCCAAUCAUUCUCAUGGUCAUCUAUUUAUCAUUUUUCUCGAUAGGCUAUGCUCCUCUUCCAUGGGUCUUGAAUGCUGAGUUCUACCCGUUGUGGGCGAGAUCGACUUGUGUGUCGAUUGCCACCGCCUCGAAUUGGGCCUUCAAUCUCCUCAUUUCCCUUACUUUUCUAUCGCUUUCUGAAGCACUUACGAAAUAUGGAACAUUCUGGCUUUACGGUGGGAUCACUAUUGUCGCUCUCGUCUUUGUCUGGUGGGCAAUCCCAGAAACAAAAGACUGUUCGAUUGAUGAAACCCUCCGAGCUCUCUCGAUCAUUUCUGUUCUCGUCUAUCACACGAGCUAUUGGGCAUCAAAGGGAGAUCUUGGAGUACAUAUCUUCUUUGUGAUUUCUGGAUAUUUAAUGGCAAUGAUUCUUUCGAAAACCGGUGUCACAUUGGAGUCCACAAAAGAUUUUUAUCUUCGACGAGUCAAAAGGAUUGUCCCAUUGUACUUAAUUACCUUGCUGGGAAUUCAAAUCGGAAGCAGCUUACUGCUGACAAAAGACAAACAUCGAAGAACCACUCAAGACACGAUUUUGGCUCUGAUUUUUGCGAGGAAUAUGCAUUUUGAGUGGGAUAAUAUUUCUCCUAGUAUUCAUUUAUGGACAGUGAGCACGGAAAUGCAGUAUUACUUGAUUGUACCAAUCAUUUUCUACUUCUUGUUGCCGAUGAGCUAUUGGAAAAAACUGGUGAUGAUGGGGAUGAUUGGAGCUGGAUCUUGUCUUCUUUAUAUGACUCUCCCAUUGGUGACUGGAAUCUAUUUCAUGCCAAGUCGCCUCUUCGAAUUCCUUCUCGGAUCACUCACCUUCUUCACGGAAAUCGAGAUUCGAAAGUUCUUCGAUAAACGGUCUGCCAAUUCAAUCCCGGAAAAGAGUAUCCCUGACAUUGUGCUCAAUUCAGCAAAACGAGAAUCAUUUCUUGGCAACGAGCUACUCAUCAAUCAUCAAGUUCUUUCCUAUAUUGGAGAUAUCUCUUAUGUUCUUUAUUUGGUACAUUUCCCAAUCUAUGUCUUUCUUUCUGAAGGUCAACUACACUUACAUUUUCCAGAAGUGAAAGACUUCUUCUACGCCAUCACACUCACCAUUCUCAUCUCUGCACUUCUGCAUCACACAUUAGAGGAAUUUUUCAUCAAAACGAGCACCAAGAUAGCGUUUUGUUAUAUUGGAGCUCUCUACUUUCUCAUCUCAAUAAUCAUCCUGUGUGAGCAAAUUUUUGACCCAAAUGCUUUAACGAUCGAUUUCAAAUACGGGCAUUUCAUUUUCGAUGAA